UGCGUCGUGCGCAAAUGAACGACGGCGUACGAUUGAACCUAACGGUUUGAAAAUGAAAACCCCACGCUUCAUUGAAACCCCAGACCUUAAUUCUGUAGAAUAAUUUACAAGAAAAAACCAAAUUAAUUAAAAAGAGUGAUUGCGUGUCUGUCAGAGAGAAAAUCGCGCAGUUCUUCACAAGUUGUUUACAAUUUACAAAUAAGCAAAUCUUACAUCAGAUCAUCUUAUGACCACGUUAGCAUACUUUUUUCUGAAGUCGCAGAGAGGGGUAGGAAGUGGCGGUGGAGGGCUGGUCCGAGUACAAGGAAUAUGCCAUUCAACUAAAAAGUGAUUGCUUUCUUAAUCGCGAACAUUUCGUAUUUCUUUAUUUAAACUAAAUUACAUGCGCAUAAGCAGACCCACAUUUCCUUUCUUAAUCAUUUUCUUCGUUCAGGUAAGUACAUCUUUCCUCCAAUUAUAGUUGAAGUUUAAAUUGUUCUGCAUGUAAAGUUGUGAUUUUUCUGGAUUAUUGUAGAGAGUUUGAGCUAUUGUUGGAUUGUGAUGCUGGUAAUCUUCAACGAUAUGCUAAAAUAAGGAAACCCGAGUUUUUUUUUUUUGCUCGUUUGAGUCAAACUUCCGUUAUACAAACCCUAAUUUCGAUUAAUUGAAUUUCGGGUUUCUUAGUCCGUGGGUUUGUAGUGCCAAGUUGGGGAUUUUUCAAGUGAGUGCUUUACUGGAUUCAUUAUUAUCGGUCUUGUUUUCAAUUAGCAGUUGGUUGUCUGGGAAGUCAUGGUAUUCAUAAAUUCCUAGAGCUUGUUGAUUUGGCAGUGUCUAGAAAGGGAAUAUUUAAUUUACUUGUAACUAUUAACUUUGUGAAUGGAUUAUUGAAUUGGUGAUUAAUUCUAGAGCCAAGUGUAGCGAAUUGCAGCUUAAUGAAUCAUUAAAAUAGUUGAACUUUCAAUACGUGGUUGUUUAGCUUUUUGAUUCACGUUUAUAUGCAGGAUUCAGGGGCUGGUCUCAAUUGUAUGGUUGUUGCUUGAGAAGCAGAGACUACAGAAUCUUAAAAUCAAGUGAAAUGACCGAAAUUUUGAGAUUCUGCCAUGGGAUCUGAUGAACGGCCUGUUGGUUUACUGGAUACUCUAAAUAUGGAUACAGUUAGGACUAUUUUCACUCACACAUAUCCCUAUCCACAUGAGCAUUCACGGCAUGCGGUCAUUGCUGUUGCUGUGGGUUGCCUAUUUUUCAUAUCUUCAGACAAUAUGCACACACUUGUUCAGAAGCUAGACAGCAACAUUAAAUGGUGGUCGAUCUAUGCCUGUUUGCUAGGCUUCUUUUAUUUCUUUUCUUCUCCAUUUAUCGGGAAAACAAUCAAACCAAGUUAUUCAAAUUUCAGUCGUUGGUAUAUAGCCUGGAUAUUAAUAGCUGCACUUUAUCAUCUUCCCAGUUUUCAAUCAAUGGGAGUGGAUAUGAGGAUGAACCUAUCUUUGUUUUUGACGAUAUUUGUAUCUUCCAUUUUGUUUCUUCUUGUUUUCCAUGUUAUAUUCCUUGGCCUUUGGUAUAUUGGCCUUGUUGCCCGUGUGGCUGGAAAGAGACCUGCCAUUCUGACAAUUCUCCAAAAUUGUGCUGUGAUAAGUAUAGCCUGCUGUGUAUUUUAUAGCCAUUGCGGUAACCGUGCUAUUAUGAGAGAAAAGACAUUUGAAAGGAGGAACUCUGGCUGGUUUACACUUUGGAAAAAGGAAGAAAGGAACUCAUGGCUUGCAAAAUUUGUUCGCAUGAACGAGUUCAAGGAUCAAGUUUGCUCAUCUUGGUUUGCCCCAGUUGGGUCUGCUAGUGAUUAUCCAUUUUUAUCCAAAUGGGUCAUUUAUGGAGAGUUGACAUGUAGUGGCUCGUGUGCGGAAUCACCAGAUGAAAUCUCUCCUAUAUAUUCAUUAUGGGCCACAUUUAUUGGUCUCUAUAUUGCCAACUAUGUUGUGGAAAGAUCAACAGGAUGGGCUCUUACUCACCCUGUGUCACAAAAAGAAUUUGAGAAGUUAAAGAAAAAGCAAAUGAAGCCUGAUUUUUUGGAUAUGGUUCCUUGGUACUCGGGGACAUCUGCCGAUCUGUUCAAGACAGUUUUUGAUCUACUGGUAUCAGUAACUGUAUUUGUUGGACGUUUUGACAUGCGUAUGAUGCAGGCGGCAAUGAGCAAGGUUGAAGAUGGUGCUGAGCAGGAGGAUCUGUUGUAUGACCAAUUUAGUGAGAAAGAUGAGCUUUGGUUCGACUUUAUGGCUGAUACUGGCGAUGGUGGAAAUUCUUCUUACAGUGUAGCAAAGCUUCUUGCUCAGCCCUCAAUUAAAGUUUGGAGUAAUGAUUCUCUGCUCACACUGCCACGUGGUAACCUGCUCCUUAUCGGGGGAGAUCUUGCCUAUCCUAAUCCAUCAGCAUUUACAUAUGAGAGGCGUCUUUUCCGUCCAUUUGAAUAUGCUCUUCAGCCUCCAUUCUGGUAUAAGGAGGAUCAUAUAGCUGUAAACAAGCCAGAAUUGCCUUCUGGGAUUGCAGAUCUAAAGCAGUACGAAGGGCCUCAGUGUUUUGUCAUUCCUGGAAAUCAUGAUUGGUUUGAUGGCCUUCAGAUAUUUAUGAGGUACAUAUGUCACAAGAGCUGGUUAGGUGGAUGGUUGAUGCCUCAGAAGAAAAGCUAUUUCGCUCUUCAGCUUCCUAAAGGAUGGUGGGUGUUUGGUCUUGACCUUGCUCUGCAUUGCGACAUUGAUGUAUACCAAUUCAAGUUCUUUUCAGAACUAAUAAAGGAAAAGGUUGGGGACCAUGACUCUGUGAUCAUUAUGACCCAUGAACCUAAUUGGCUUCUUGAUUGGUACUGGAAUGAUGUGACUGGAAAGAGUGUAUCACACCUGAUAUGUGACCAUUUAAGAGGGAGGUGUAAACUUCGAAUGGCUGGGGACUUGCAUCAUUACAUGCGUCAUUCAUAUAUUCCGUCAGAGAAGCCAGCAUAUGUGCAACAUUUGCUUGUUAAUGGUUGUGGUGGGGCUUUUUUGCACCCUACUCAUGUGUUUAGUAACUUUACCACUUUAUAUGGGACAUCCUAUGAAAGCAAGGCUUCUUAUCCUUCAUCUGAAGACUCAAGCAGGAUUGCUUUAGGAAAUAUAUUGAAGUUUCGAAAGAAAAAUUGGCAGUUUGAUUUCAUUGGCGGUAUUAUUUAUUUUGUCUUGGCCGUUUCAAUGUUUCCACAGUGUAAGCUAGAUCACAUCUUGCAGGAUGAUACAUUUUCGGGUCACUUGAAGAGCUUUUUUGGCACAGUAUGGGAUGCAUUCCUUUAUAUGCUGGGGUACUCAUAUGUAUCCUCUGCUGGCGCUUUCUUAUUGUUAGUUACUGCUUUCACUUUUGUACCUUCAAAAGUGUCUCGAAAGAGGAAAGUAAUAAUUGGGAUUCUUCACGUUUCUGCACACCUGUCUGCAGCAUUAGUUCUCAUGUUGCUCCUGGAAUUGGGUGUUGAGACAUGUAUCAGGCAUAAAUUGUUGGGAACUUCAGGGUAUCAUACUUUAUAUCAGUGGUAUCGGUUGGUGGAAAGCAAGCAUUUUCCUGAUCCAACAGGCCUCCGGGCACGUAUGGAGCAAUGGUCAUUUGGCCUUUAUCCAGCAUGCAUCAAAUAUCUCAUGUCUGCAUUUGAUGUUCCUGAGGUCAUGGCCGUCACUAGGAACAAUAUUUGCAAGAAUGGGAUGGCCUCGCUCUCGCGUGGAGGGGCUGUAAUAUAUUAUGCUUCUGUCUUCCUUUACUUCUGGGUUUUCUCAACUCCAAUUGUCUCAUUAAUUUUUGGAAGCUACCUUUACAUUUGCAUCAAUUGGCUUCACAUACACUUUGAUGAAGCAUUUUCGUCACUUCGUAUUGCUAACUACAAGGCAUUUACACGGUUGCAUAUUAACUGCAAAGGCGAUCUUGAAGUUUUCACCCUUGCAGUAGAUAAGGUUCCAAAGGAAUGGAAGCUGGAUCCAAGUUGGGAGGGGGAGUCGAAACAGCCACAAAGCCUUAGCUAUCUCAGAAGGUUUCCUAGCAAAUGGCGGUCAGUUUCUUCCCAUCAGGAUCCUGUAAAGACUGUAAGGAUUGUUGACCACUUUGUUAUUGAACAAACACAAAGAUCUGAAUCUGCAUCAAUUAAUGGAUCAGUCACCCAUUGAUCUACUACGUCUUGAUUUGUAACUUUAUUUGCUUCGGUGCAAAAAACGAAGUAACUGUACAGUUAUAGGAUCCAAAGAAAGCACGAUUCAUCAUAUUUUAGUCCUUAUUUACUGAUAUCCUUGGCUAGCUUUUGAUUCCUAUUCAUGCAAUUACCUCAAUCUUUCAACGUUUACCGAUAUCCUUGGCUAGCUUUUGAUUCCUAUUCAUUUAAGUUUUACAUUCUUGCAAAGAUUUAAUCUUUAAAUCA